GGGGUAAUAAUAAGAAAAAUACACGGCAAAAACCCAAAACCCUUAUACACCGAAUAGAACCAGUAUCUCCCUUGGCGCCUCCAUCACUCAACUCUUCUACCAUAGCCUCCAUUCUCUCUUAACCUCCAAUUCCAUACUCACAACCACCAUGAGAGGAGGCCAAAGCUACGUUUCAUGUCCUCCGUCCUUCUCCAACGACGCCAACCGUCUCCUAGUCGGAUGCGGAAGCUCCGUCGCUAUCUUCAGCACCGCCACCGCCUUACAGGUUUCAUCUCUGGAAGGUCACACCGACACCGUCACCUCCGUCGCGGUUGUUCCCGGAUCAAAGAUUCUUUCCUUCUGUUGGACCUCUUCCCUCGACGGAACCGUUCGUUAUUGGAAUUUCUCCCUUCUCGAAUGUAUCAAAACAAUCGACCUUCACCUCCCUAUUUUCUCCAUGGUUAUACCUUCGUUAUUAUCCUCUCCAGAGCAGAAGAGUGGAAAUCAGCAGAAUAUUUAUGCAUAUGUGUGUAUGCAAACUGAAAAUGAUAAAGAUAAUAAGCCUAAACUUUGUUCUGCACAGAUCAGGAAGUGUAACUUGACAAGCUUUCAAAGGCUUUCAAAAUUUGUCUUGAAAGAGACUAAACGGCCUCAACAUUUGACGAUUAGUCCAUGUGGAAAGUUUUUGGGCAUAAAGGACAAACGCAAACUUCAUAUAUGGAAACUUCCUAAAGUGGAAUCUGAUUCUGCUGUUUCAGAGAAGAUUACCCUGCAUCAUACAAAAACCUUUGCAGUUCUUGCAUUCCAUCCAACUGAGAGGAUUGUGGCUGCAGGUGAUUCAACUGGAAGACUUUUAAUUUAUAGAGGAUUUGGUGCUCAGAACUUUCAUGACAGGGGUGACCUGUUGAACAGAACAUCAUUGACUGAUGAUGAAUCUAAGCCCGGGGUAAGGCAUAAUGAUGAUGCUGAAUCAUGCUCCACAUGGCAUUGGCAUUCUGCUGGAGUGAAUCUCUUAUCCUUUUCUUCGGAUGGAGUCUAUUUGUAUUCAGGCGGGAAGGAGGGAGUUCUUGUGCUUUGGCAGCUAGACACUGGAAAGAAGAAAUUUUUACCAAGAAUUGGAUCUCCGCUUCGUUAUUUUAUAGAUUCCCCAGAUCCUUCAUUUUCCUCGAUAUCUUGUGCAGAUAACCAAAUUCAUAUAUUAAAGACCUCUUCCAUGGAAGUAAUGAGGUCUAUUUCAGGGAUAAAGCCACCUCUGUCUUCUCAAGAAAUAUGUGAAAGCAUUUCUAGCCCAGCUGCCUUUGACCGCACUUCUGGUUUAGUGGCUGUACAAACAGAGGAUUAUGGCAUCCAAUUCUACAGCCUGUUUGGCAAUCGUGGACUUUAUGAGGUUCAAGUAUGUGAAAGAAAUUAUCAACCAGUUGACGAGGUCACGGUAGUAGUGACCAUGGUGGAACUGUCUAUUGAUGGUUCUAUGAUGGGUACAGUAGAAGUCAAGCUUCCCGAAGAAGGAAUAGGAGGUCUUAUUUGUUUGAAAUUCUGGGAUUUGUAUUCAGAUACCAAAAGAUUUUCAAUGUCCACCCUUAUUUAUGAACCUCACAGGGAUGCUCAUAUUUCCGCUAUUGUUUUUCAUCCGACCCGUCAUAUGGCUGUCAGCACAUCUUAUGGUGGAGAUUUCAAGAUAUGGGUUUGCAGGGAAGAAACUCAGAAUAAAGACCAGACGCCACAGAAUUUUAGUUGGAUGUGCCAUGCUGUUGGGUCAUAUAAAAAUAAGGCAAUGAGCGCUGCUGCUUUUUCAGCUGAUGGUUCUGUGCUUGCAGUUGCAGCAGACACUGUUAUUACUUUGUGGGAUCCUGACAAGAAUGAGCUCAUUGCUGUUGUGGGAGAGACUCCAUCGCCAAUUGGGAGGCUCAGUUUUGUUGGAAAGUCAGAGUAUCUUCUUUCUGUAUCUAAUGGUUUGACACCACAGCUAUCUGUUUGGAGUAUGUCAAAGUUAGCUGCUUCUUGGUCAUACGGGCUUCAAAUAGAAGCUGUUUCCUGUGCAUUAGAUUUAUCAUAUUUUGCAAUCCUUGCAUUCCUUCCCAAAUCAAAUGAAAGUUUGUUUAAAGGUGAUGGAAUAAUCUUAUUGUUCAACGCAACAGAUCCUACUCCUGUGGCUUCCUGGUCUGUAACGAAGGCCAAGGGAGGGAGUGUUGCUUUUCUUAAAGGAAAUCCAUCUCAACUAGCAGAUGGAAAAUCAUCAGAAACACUGCUUGCGUAUUUAAAUGGAGAUCGUGAAUAUGUCCUCUUUGAUCCGUAUGACAAGGAAGCACGCGAGCUUAAUAUGACUAAGAAUGAUGAUUUUGUUGGGCUUGAAGAAAAUGGACAAUUUGGAUAUACAUCAAUUUAUGGAGAGUUACCCAAGUUUGAUUUAAAAAGGAAUAAAACUUCAUCGGUUUACUCCGCCGCAUCAAAUAGGCCUUGGGAAACCAUAUUUAGUGGGUCAUCACAUAUGUUGCCUCCCCUCUCCAAAUUGUGUUGUGAAUUUUUGGAGUCUCUGCUGGAGAAAAAGACUUCAAUUAUAGAAUGAAUGACAUAACUACAUGCAUAUCAUCUCUUGUUGGAUAUUUGUUUCUUGGUACCACUUACACUUAAUUCAACAAAGCUGAAGUGGCAUAAGGAUUGCUCCCUAUAUAACAUGUCUAAACCCUACAUUCUAGCUGCUGCAGGUGGGCAUGGCACUUAAUGGUAACUGUUUGUAUGCUUAUAGCUUAAGCAGUACGAGAAUGGACAACCAGUGUACCGGAGAGGACCCCACGCUUUAAAAUUUUGUUUUGCCAGUUACUUAAAGUUAUAUAUGUUCUUUAGUAUCUCUUGGAUGAAAAUUUUGACAGUAACGACGUGAGUGUGUUUAAAAACGGUAAGCUUGCAUUGUAACAAUUUUUUUAGGAUUGUGAUACUGUGAAUGAGUCUAGAUAGUUUAUUUGGAUUGUAACAAUUCCAUGUAACAGUACUGUGAAUUUUGAUUUACUCUGUUUAUCAAUAGUUUUCUGCAUUCUUUACAA